UCAUUCGAGGCGGGGCCGCCUGCCAGACGCCUGCGCCAACACCGCCAGGUCGCUGCCACGCCCAUCGCGAUCCUUCUUCGACUAUCCAGUGCCUGCCCUGCCCGUCUCUUCCUCCUGAGCUGCACUGCACCACACGCCACCGGAGGUCGUUGCAAGUAGGGAGCGUAAGCCAAGCAAAGCUAGCUAAGGUGCUAAGCCGGAGCCGAUCAAGCUAGUAGCAGCCAUGGCGGAGGAGGCGUCGUCGGCGCCGGCGCCGGCGCCGGCCGGGGCGAAGAUGACGAUCGUGGCGGGGGUGGACGACAGCGACCACAGCUUCUACGCGCUGCAGUGGGCGCUCGGCCACUUCUUCCCGCCGGCGCAGCCGCAGCAGUACCGCCUCGUCGUCGUCACCGCCAAGCCCUCCGCCGCGUCCGCCGUCGGGCUCGCCGGGCCGGGCGCGGCGGACGUGCUGCCGUUCGUGGAGGCGGACCUCAAGCGCGUCGCGCUGCGCGUCCUCGACAGGGCCAGGGAGCUCUGCGCCGCCGCGCAGGUGGCCGACGCCGAGUUCGAGGCGAUCGAGGGCGACGCCAGGAGCGUCCUCUGCGACGCCGUCGAGAGGCACCUCGCCGAGAUGCUCGUCGUCGGCAGCCACGGCUACGGCGCCAUCAAAAGGCCAUUGCUUCGGCAUCCUCCACCGACACACAGCGAAUGCCAUGCUUCCAAGCUGACAGCAGCACCUUCCCAGAAUGAUCUCUGAUCACCAUUCCUAUGUUUGCUACUCCUGAAGGGCUGUUCUUGGAAGCGUGAGCGAUUACUGUGCCCACCACGCGCACUGCAGCGUGAUGAUCGUGAAGAAGCCCAAGACCAAGCACUAAGCACCGAUCGGUGUGGCGAUCUGACGACUCGUCAGUACUCGUCAGUAUUGUCAAGUUGCACAUGUGUCUGCUUUGUGAAUAAUCAGAAGAUACAUAACCGGUUGCUUGGUCGAGUAACCGGAUAUGCAAUCCUACUGCCUACGGAUCGACAAGUACAAAAUAAUUGCUGUCCAGCACCUCAAAAACAUUGUUAGUAUUUGUUCAUGGAAUGCAAUACGUGUGAAGUGUAUGUGUUUGAUUGCAAAUUCUGGUCUCCCCUGUUGUCAGUCUGAGAUACAGAGUAACAAGGACUCCAAAUUGGGGAAAUGGUAUCUCCAUUUUGUUCGCUUCGACGAGCUCUUCGACAA